AGGGACAACAGAGAAAGCAAUAAAGAAAAGGGUCGGCUUCAUCUUUGGCUGACGGACAAUGCACGUGUGUAUGAUGUUGGGCCGAUAUCCCGUGAGGCUGAUGACGCUGCCGCGAGCUCCCUUUUGAUGAAGAGUGGGAAUGAAAAGUUGAUCUCAGUGUACGAAAAAAAGAAGAGUGAUGACGGGUCAUACAGUCUUGUCGCCGUGAGCCUGGGGAAGCAGCUGGAGCGGAUCAAAUCCAUGGUGAAGAAAUGGAAGGAUUUGGACGGCGCCCUGAAAAAAUGCAGUUCCGGUUCCAGCGCCACUGUCGACUUGCCAACGAAGGGUAUGUGCAAUGGUCCUGUUCCCACUGAUGGGCUUGUUGGCUUCUUGUCCGGUAACUUCUCUGAGAACACAUGGAGAGACGAGUACCUCUGCGUGAAUGCAACUGUGAAGAAUGGGGAGAGAAGGGUUCCCAAUGGAUGGACGUUCAAAGGGUCUAGAGCAGGGGCGGUGUGGCCUGUUGGCGACAUGGGGCAGACUGUGCCGUACUACUUUGCUAACAACAAGUUCACUCUUGUGGCGACGGUGUCCAUCCACGAGGUGCCGCAGAGUGGCAGCCCCAUUUCUUUGAUGGGUGUGAGGAUGAAUGACACCAGCAGCACGGUGCUCUUUGGUCUGUCGUACACCCAUGAAAGAAAGUGGGAGUUCACACUUCCCAAUGGAGCUUCUGAAGACUAUGAAUAUGAUGAAUAUGAUGAAUAUUACGAAUUUAAUAAAAAUUGGCAACCAAACACAACACAUCAAGUAAUGCUGCAAAUGGAAGUCAAUGAGUGGGAUGUGUACGUUGAUGGAAGGCAGGUUUAUUCUGGGCACUACAACGGGGAUUUGUUUGAAGAGCACAGGAUCUCACACUUCUAUUUUGGCGCGGAGAAUAAGGAGGGUUCGGAAAGCAGCCACGUGACAGUGAGCAACGUCCUGCUGUACAACCGCACAAUCAGUACGGAUGAAAUUGCGCUACUCAGUACCAGCAAAGUCCCUAUUCCAAACCCUGGUGAGGAGUCACGCUCGGUGCCGGAGAAAACAACAAAUUCUGCUGCCCAGGCACCAUCACCUGAGGUUAAGAAAGCAUCUCAAGACGAAGAGGAAGAAAAAACGCAGGAAGUUGAGGAGGCGCCAUGGCCACAAUCAUCCGUGAAAGCUUCUGAAGGCAGUCAUGCUGCCGCAGUGUCUUCUGGGGACCGUGGCUCGCACGGAACAAGGGAGGAGGAGACGGAGAGGGAUGGCAGCGGCGAAUUGGCGCCUCCACCGGCCUCAUCGAGUGUGAGCACUGCCUCUCAUUUGGGCAGCGACGGGAUGGGUGUCCGUGAAAGCACCUCUCUGCAGGAAGAAGUGCCACCACAUCCCGGGACUGAAGUCAUUCCGAAGGCCGACGUGGAGCGACCGAUCCACGAAGAAGAAGCGACCUCUCCGGAAGGGGCCACUGAGCGGCAGACGCAAGAAACCACUGCGCCUUUGGUUGAAAAUGAAGACAGUGAGGACGUUGGCACCGCAUCGGGCAAUACAAGCACCCUGCCUGGGGAAACCAAGAUCCCAUCGGGGUCCAACGCAACA